UUCUAACGUAAACGAUAUUUUUACACGUAAACCAUUGGAAUAUUCGGUGUCGGCAUAUGAUGGACGAGUCGUAAAAAUAAAAAAAAAAAAACAUCGUAAAUAAUUAAAGUUUAUCUCAAGUGUUUAAAAAUCGUGUUGAAAAAUGCUAAAAAUCGUAUAUGCAUGUAUGUAAAUAUGUUAAGUUAAUGCUAGACAAAGCAAUUAUUCAAAAAAUCGGCUUUACAGUGCUGUGCCAAGUCUUACACUAUAAUGUUUCUAGGCUGAAAGAAUUUAAAGCCUCGAUAUUUGUUUGAAAUCCUUCCGUUGAACCAAAUCUUUUAAAAGAAAUAAUUUACGACAGCCAAAUUAUUUUUAUAUAAAGAAGUUUCGCCGUCAAAUUUAAGAAAAUUCUUUAAGUGAAAUAUGACAAAAUGUGAGGGGAUAAAUAAAUAAUACAAUAAUUGAAGUAAAACAAACACAUAUCAUGCCACACACGUCUAUACACACCUACCUUCGUAAGUGCCAACGGAUGGGUAACGAAUAGGUGGUUGUAUGAGAAUAAAUAUGUAUGUGGAUAAGCAGUGUCUGUUUGUCUCAAUGUGUGUGUUUGCUAAACCGAGCGCAUGUUGACAUCACCAUCGGCGCAAAAUCACCCAACAUGGCGCGCUGAAAGCGUUAAGCAAACAAAGCGCACAAGGAAACACGCGCGCGUGUUUGAGAAACCUACAAAAAUUGCAUGUUUGUAUUAAGUGUGUAUGUGAGCCGUUGCAAUUGUGUAAGUUGGCGUAGAUGCUCGUUGUGGAAUAGAAACAAAGCAAAAACGGAAAAUAAAAGUAAAAGUGUUUAACUCCGCAAUGGAUUUAUGCUGAUUGCACGGGAUUACUGGAUAAAUUGGAAAGGAAUCAACAUGAAUUCCAUACAAUUUUUUAUUGUCGCUCUUUUGGCAACUAUCGAUAUUCACAUGAAUCAAGCACUUUACCUGUCGAAUCUCUCCGUCCCGCGCAUAAUCGAUGCCGCACAAAAAGCCAAACUCUUUUGCAGUUAUGAAAUGGGUAAUCGCACACUCAAUUCGGUUAAGUGGUAUAAGGAUGGGCUAGAGUUUUUCAGAUACUCACCGCUCACGCCGCCAACUACAAAUUGGUUUCCCGUCAAAGGUGUCACCAUUGCUGAUGGCUCAUCGCACUGCAAUCAAUUCAUCUGCAAUGUCGAACUGGAGAAACUGAAUGUCCAUUCGUCCGGUUCGUAUCGGUGCGAGGUAUCCGGUGAUGCGCCCGAAUUCAAAUUGAUCGAUAAAACUGCCAACAUGACAGUGGGAGUUCUACCCAAAUUCGGACCCUUCAUCAACGGCAUUGUGCAUCCGUACCGAUAUGGGGAUUUUCUGGCAGUUAACUGCAGUUCAGAUUGGUCCAAUCCCGCAACGACUCUUACGUGGUACAUCAACAACAAAACGGCCCCCUUUACUAGUCUCCAACCACAACUGAAUGAAAUCACACGCAAUACAGACGGUUUUAUGCUCUACGCCAGUUCCCUACAGCUGCGUAUACACAUCGACGAUCCACGUUUCAUAUCAAAAAGUGAAAUUCUAGAACUGAAAUGCGUAGCGGAUAUAAUGGGCAUAUCGAGUGUGCGGCGCGAAAGUAAGGUGCGGGCAACUAUUUUGGCACUACGCGAUGCUGGACACAAACAACGAUUGCUGGGGCCAGGUAAUGGCGCUAGUGCGUCCAACAGUGGCAGUUAUUAUAAAAGAAUGGUAAUUAUGCAUCCUUGGGUAUUCUGGCUAUGUUUCCUAUUGUUUUCGCAAGGAUCCCUACAGCUAACCAACUGCCAUUGGAGUUAGCUGUCUACAUAAGAAGUCAAGUCUACAAGGCCUGCCAGCUUAGAGCAUAACUGUUACUUAGUAAAUCAACGUAGUUGUAAGAAUUAGUUUAAUAAGCCAAUAACUAAUCACAAAAUAAAACAACAUUUGAAUUAACUACUUUGUAAGGGGAAGGCUGAAGGAAGCAUCAUACAUUAAAAAGGAAACAAAGAAACGAAAUACUCGCACAGAAUUUAGGUAAAUUAAAGCUUAGCGGCACUAAUACAUAAAAGUUUAUACUUGAAUCACUCACAAAACCAUGUCCGAAACAAGAAAACAAAAUUACCAACACGGUGCCAACGCCGACGAUAAAAGAAGGGAUCAAGUCCAUAACACUGACUCAAUCCAUAGUGAAACAUUAGCGUAGUUAAUUAUAAGAAAGAUAUUAAUAUAGGUACCACUGCAUUCAACACCCUUAAAUAAGCAAUAAUAAGAGAAAUCGAGUAUUCAGUGAAGAGGAGCACAUUUAAAUUACAUUACAUUAAAUACUAACUACAAUACUUGAGUAUCUCGAGAGCUCAUUCGCGGCAUAAAGUACUUUAUAAGAAAUAUUGUAAAUAGUUAUUAACUGUUAAGUGCUUACGUCAAUGUGAUUAUGAAAUUUGUUGAUUUUAAAAACAAUAGCGACACUAUAAAAACAUAUAAAUAUGAUUUAAGUGAUUUUAAG